AUGGCGACCAAGUCCGUGACCUUCGCCACCACCGCGUCCGUACGUAGCUACGCAGUAGCCUUCGUCGAUGGCGUCCUGCCCGACGAGGACAUUGGCAUCGGCUUUGCCGGCGCGAUGGUCGCAGACAGCCGCCACGUUGACAUCGCCACGAGCGCCAAGCCUCGCCCGCGCCGCCUCUCAUUCCGCAGCAAAUGCUUGCUCGUCUACGGCACGAGUUCGCCGCCAGCUACCGAGACGGCGUACAUCGCCGAGCUGCAGGCACUAGCAGAUCGCAGCCGAGGCGACCGCCUUGUCGCCCGCGCAUUGAGCGACGACCCGAGUCCUCGGCGUCGUGAGCCCGGCAAAGAGCGCUGGAGCCCGGCCCAAGUGCGUGCACAGGCCAAGGCGGCCUACGCAGUGCAAUGGGCGUCGACCAUCGACGAGGUCGAGAGCGAGCCGCCGUGCACCAUGUACAUCCCACCACCGAGUCUGUUUACAAAUCCGUUCGAGAUCGACUUUGUCGCGCGGUCCGUCGACGCCGAGCCGCACAAGAAGCGCAAGCGCGACGACGCCGACGGCUGCCGCAGUCUUUCGUUCAAGUGCACCAAGACAGCGUCUGCCGAGGCGCCCAAAGCGUGGUGGCGGCUCUUCUUCUAG